CCUCCGCGCCUGCGCAACGCGGGCCGCACCGUGACUAAGAUGGAGGUCGGGGGAGCGCGGGCGCCGCCGCCGUUCUGGGCCGAGGGCCCGGCCCCGGGGCAGACCUACAUCCCCGGCGGACCCGGUCCCGCCGCCAGCCUCCUGCCCUUCACCAGGACGCUGAGCCCGAUGGUGACGGGCACCUCGGUGCUGGGGGUGAAGUUCGCCGGGGGGGUGAUCAUCGCCGCCGACAUGAUGGGCUCCUACGGCUCCCUCGCCCGCUUCCGCGGCAUCUCCAGGCUCCUGAAGGUGAACGACACCACCAUGCUGGGGGCGUCCGGCGACUACGCCGACUUCCAGUACCUCAAGCAGAUCAUCGACCAGAUGGUAAUCGACGAGGAGCUGUUGGGAGACGGUCACAAUUACAGCCCCAAAGCCAUCCAUUCCUGGCUGACGAGAGUCAUGUACAACCGGAGGUCCAAGAUAAAUCCGCUCUGGAACACCGUUGUCAUCGGAGGCUACUACAACGGCGAGAGCUUCCUAGGUUACGUGGACAUGCUCGGCGUGGCCUUCGAAGCCCCCACGCUUGCUACGGGUUACGGAGCGUACCUGGCUCAGCCGCUGAUGAGAGAAGUCUUGGCGAAGAAACCCAACCUGACGAAGGAGGAGGCCCGUGACUUGAUUGAGCGUUGCAUGAAAAUUUUGUACUACAGAGACGCUCGAUCCUUCAACAGGUACGAAAUCGCCAUCGCAACGGAGAAAGGCGUGGAGCUGGAGGGACCCCUGACCCUGGAGGCCAACUGGGACAUUGCCCACCUCGUCAGUGGCUUCGAGUGAUCCCCGCCGAGCUGCUCCCGGCUCCUGUGUCCGUGUUCUCACCCUUUACGUAUCUGUAAAUCCGUUACUCCCUUGGAAGCCUUGAUCUGACUUGUUUUGGAAAGGAAAUAAAUCCGUUAAAGAGAA